AUGCUUAGUUUGGGAGUUGUGUCACCUUCACAGUCAGCUUGGAACUCAACUGUAGUAAUGGUUCAGAAGCCAAAUGGGGACCUAAGGCUUUGUCUAGAUUGUAGAAAAUUAAAUGCAGUUUCCAAACCCGAUGCGUAUCCUCUCCCGUAUAUAAGCAGCAUAUUGGACCAGCUCCGCGACGCGAAAUACCUAACGUCAAUAGAUCUUUCCGCUGCGUAUUGGCAAAUACCCUAUGAUAGCGAGCAAUCAGCUGAUAAGACCGCGUUCACAGUGCCACGUAGGGGGUUAUUUAGAUUCAAUGUAAUGUCGUUUGGCCUUGUUUCCGCGUCAAGCACAAUGCAGAGAUUAAUGGAUAGGCUAUUUGGUCCCGAAUUUAACAACAAAGUAUUCUGUUUCCAAGACGACAUAAUCAUAAUAUCCAGCACUUUCUCAGAACAUGUGCAGCUCUUGCAUAAGGUCUACGCAAAAUUCAAGGACGCAAACUUGACUAUAAACAUGGAUAAGUCUAUCUUUUGCCGUAGAGAACUUAAGUACUUGGGAUAUUUAGUUGAAAAACAUGGACUUAGAACUGAUCCGGGAAAGGUAGACAUUAUAUUGAAUUAUCCAACUCCAACUUCCGCUAAAGAGGUUAAAAGGUUUCUAGGCAUGGCAGGCUGGUACAGGAGGUUCAUUAACAAUUUUUCGAAAAUUAGUAAACCGUUGAAUAAAUUAACUAGCAAAAAUGUCCGCUUUGAAUGGACUACGGAGGCAGAUGAGUCAUUUAACCACUUAAAAACCGCUUUAGUGUCUGCUCCGAUACUUAAAUGUCCAAACUUUGAUUUGCCUUUUUCUAUCCAUUGUGACGCUUCCUCAGUGGCUGUGGGCGGAGUCUUAACCCAGACUUAUGACGGGGUAGAACAUCCCAUAGCAUACUGCAGUCGGUCUCUUGCCAAAAAUGAAAUUAAUUUUUCCACAUCGGAGAGAGAACUUAUGGCCGUGAUUUACGCAUUAGAGCAAUUUAGAUCUUAUGUAGAAGGUACAAAGUGUAAAAUAAUAACCGACCACGCCUCGUUAUUAUGGUUUUAUAAAUUAAAUAACCCAUCAGGUCGCUUAGCCAGGUGGAGCAUGCGAUUGAGUCAAUUUGAUUUCGAAAUAGAACACAGAAAAGGUAAAUUAAAUGUUAUUCCAGACGCACUAAGUAGGAUUCAAGUUGAUGCAAUCGCUACGCCAGCAACCAGUGAUGCGUGGUAUAGACAUGUAUACGAAGAUUGUCAGGCCAACCCUCGCAAAUAUCCCCACUUCAUGGUAAAAGACGAUAGAUUGCUUAGGUACUCUAAAAAUAAAUAUGAGUUAACGAAUGAGUUUAAUUGGAAGUUAGUGGUACCCGAGGAAGACAGGUUAGAUAUUUUAAAGAAAUGUCAUGAUGAACCAGUUAAACUCCAUCUUGGUAUCUUCAAGACAUUCAAGAAAAUAUCUUUAAAAUACUAUUGGCCUGGUAUGUUUAAGGAUAUUGCCAAUUUAAUCUCAACUUGUGAAACCUGCUUAACCUACAAACACCCUAAUCAUUCUCCCUAUGGUCUUAUGGGUAAACCUAAACUUUGCUCCAGACCUUUUCAAACUAUAUCCUUAGAUCUUAUGGGUCCAUUGCCUAUGACUCGAAGACGAAAUCAGUAUAUUCUAGUAAUUAACUGCAAUUUUACUAAAUUUACUAUGAUUUUUCCCCUUAAACGUGCUACUUCAGCUAAUAUUAUUAAUGUUUUGGAAAAUUCAGUUUUUCUAGUUCAUGGCAUUCCUCAAACUAUUAUAAUGGACAAUGCUGUUCAAUUUCAGUCGCGAGAAUUCCACUCAUUCUUAAAUUCUUAUAACGUUCCUUUUAUUUUUCACACAGCUUUAUAUUGUCCUCAGGUUAAUCCUACGGAGAAGUUUAAUAGUACAAUUAUUACAGCUCUAGCAUCUCUAGUAGGAGACGAUCAUAGAUCAUGGGACAACCAUCUUACUAAAAUUCAGUACGCAAUGAACAGCGCUAAAAAUGUAGCUACUGGCUUUACUCCAAACUUUUUAGUCUUUGGUAGGGAAACAAUACCUUGUGGUUCCUUCUAUACUCCAACUCAGAACCUCGAGGAAUUAAUAUUUAUGCCUCGCGAUAUUUACGCGUCUAAUGCUGGUCUCCUCUCAUCUAUCUUUCACAAAGUUCAAACUAAACUUUACAUAGCGCACGCUAAAAAUAGCGCUCGCUAUGAUCUUCGCCGGGCUUUUAAAGAAUUUAAUGUGGGAGAUACUGUUUGGCGUAAAAAUCAUUGUUACGUCCUACGGUUGCUCCCUUAA